CUUCUUGACACAUUUCCUUUUCAGUACAUCACAGCCAUAUACUGUAGAUCUUUCUCUCUCUCCUUGGCUUGCCAGUCCAGUUGCUUCAAACAUUAACUGUGUUUAGUAUACUAGUUUAACCAAUGCACUUGCUACAGGUAGAUCGACAAAAUAUAUAUAGGACAGAAGAAUGUCUUGUAAGUUAUAGCAUAUGCUGAAGUGAGAAUUAGUUUGUAUACCCCUCAUAAUGGAAACAGGAAAUGAUCAAUUACUCAUGCGACUUAGACCUGAAAUAUCAAUAGAUUAAGUUAUAGAGAAUAUGACACCAGAAAUCUGAACGAAUCCCUUUAGUCGAUUUUAUCUACCUCAAAUAAAAGUUUCCUCUUCAUUCAGAGGCGGGUUGUGAGGAACAGGGAGGUUUCCCGCGCUUUCUAAUGACGUCAUGCCCGGAAAGAGCUGCGCCAAAUACGGAUGCCGAUGGGAUCUUGAAAGUAGCAUUGUCAAUCAGGUGUUAUUUCAUGUGGUUCUUUGAGGUAUCACAGGUAUGUGAUAUGAAAUCCCUGUGAAGUUCACCACCAUCACCUCCUCCUAAGACAGUGAUAUGCCUCUGGAGGAGGGACCUGCACCCACUGCUGAAAAUGCAGAUAGGGAGGAAAGCAACAUGGCCAACAGGCCCAGCAGCCGGGAGGAGCAGCCUGUUGCUGGUCCCUCAAACCCUUCACAGCGACAGGGCUUCUGCAGCUAUUGUCAGGUCAUAUAUAACAGUGUAGAGCAGCACAUCCAGAGUGCCAGGCACAGAGAGGUGGUGGUACGACCAGCGAGGACAAACGUGCCCACUGGAAGUCUGCUGGAGAGAUUCCUGCAGGACGUGUUUCAUCACCAUCCUCAUGGUUACCACGACACACGCUCUACUCAUGCUGACUUACCAUGCCUGAGUACGUUACCGGUUCCAAGAGAAGAGUUAUCAGAUGUAUACUGUAGAUCAGAGGACGAUGGGCUGUCUGUUGGGACUAGAGAGGAAAUUCUCAGCUCUGACGAAGAACCCUGUCCGGUGAUGCAAGCUCAACCCAUUACCAUGUGUAGUAUCGGUCAAAAACAAGCAAGCCCUUCUGUAGUUAUGCCAUUGGGUACUGUCAUAGAAGAAAGUGCACAAACGGUUCCUAAAACUGAAAUAAUUAAAGGGGAACCCCAACUUCCUGAAAGGUAUUCCCCCACACAGGGGUACUUACACAGGACUAGUUGCGAGUCUGAUUUAAAGCAACAGACAUCAAAACUGUUGGCACAUUCACUAACUUCACAAAUCCAACACUCUGAGCAGCCUUGUAGCUCACGUCCUCCGGGAUCCCCACUGUUUCAGCACAAGAAAGCACACAGAAAAACUAAUAAGCAUAGAGAAGACCACGAUUCAAGCCCAGGCACGUAUACAUCCCCAGUCACAAAGUGCAUUACCUCAAAAGCCCAGCAUGGGCAGUCAGAGCUAGUUCAGACUGCAGUGCUACCACUCUGGAAGGGUCCACACAGGGAACAAACGUUAAGUGAUGAGUCAGACCAAAUACAUGAGGUAAUUGAAGAGGUUAUCGAGAGGCACUGCUACAGCCGCAUUCCUAAACCCAACCAGGAAGAAGAAAGUGUUUUCCACCUGAGCGUGAAAUCCACUGAGUCUAAAGACAGUGAGGAAUGGGAUAACACCUUCCAGACAGCUUUGCAAAAAAACACACCUGAAGAUAACCGUCUUGCACGCCUUACACAGGUACAUAUAAACCUUCAGGACCAAGGGUACAAAGCCCAGCUGGACACAGCUCUGAAUACUGUGUUCGAGACAGAGAAGAUUGAGUCUGGGGAAACUAAAGAAAACGAGGCUGAAGAGAUCAUUCCAGAUCUUCCUCACAUACCACCGUCUUUUGUGGGAAAGACAUGGGCACAAGUUAGGUAUGAGGAUGAUGUAAAAAUAGAUUGCCUGGUGAGAGAGUUCCGAGAGGGCCGUUUUCGCUGCUAUUUUGACAGCGAGUCAGUGGCUAAUUUUGAGAGGCACCACACGAAAGAUAAAAAGAGGAGGAAUCAAGAGGAAACGGUGGGUGAUUUUCAGUGUGAUGAUGUCUUACCUCUUAUUGAGCAUCACGAAGAGAGCUCAAAACACCUGCCUGUGUUUAGGAAGACUAGGCAUCGAAUAUACCGAAUGGCAUCACGCUGUCAAGUGGUGAAGGUGAGCCAUGGAACACAGACUGCACCCUUGAAGUACCCUAUAGUGCAGCGAAGAACAGUACCAGAAUCAGAUACCUUGCUUAGUAUCUGUGAGACGAAGAAGGAUCCGAGUCCUGAGAGGACACCAGACAUGAAAACAAGAAUGUGUGCACUCAAGCUUCCUGCAUCAUACUGUAAGAUUAUGACUCCUCUCCAGCCUAAAACUCUGGUUUACGUUCUUUCUUCCCCAGAUAGUGGACAGGUUUCCUUUAAGCCUACUCCAGUUAAAAGGGUUGGAAGAAAGCGGAAAUCAAGUGAUGAGGAAUGUACACUUAAAUACAAGUACAAAAAGACCCCUCUGAAAUAUUAUGACCCACUGACCAACAGAAUACUUAAGGCUCCACCUAGAGGGAUGCCCUCAACCCCUAGUACCAGAUCUCGCUCCCAUGUUAGACAGUUAUUCCGUAGUCUCAGUCCAGACAUUAACAAGGAACUCUAUGGUUCAGCACAGGGACGAUCACCUCGGGGCUCUAGAAAGGGUCGGGGUGAGGGUAGCAUGGCAGACCUUUGUGCUUCUACCUCUGGCUCUUGGCUGGAUAGUGGGGGCCCGUCUGAGCCUGGUUCUUCUGUUUCUAGCAGGAAGGCCUUGUUCAGCCGAUCCUCCAUCUCCAGCAGCAGUCGUUUCCAUCUGGACCAGAUAAGAUCCUCUGCAUCACACACAGGUAGCUCCUCGAGAGCGAACACAGACAGCUCUCUCAAGGGUCAAGGGACUAAAAUAAAAGUGGACCAUGAACAGGCACACAUAGACCAACCACCAAGACGUCGCAAACAGGGACAGAAAAUUCCAGAAAAACCUUUGACUCCUGCAAAGAAACCGUCCUCACCUCCAUACAGGACAAGACGGAAAUCAACCAAAGCUAAGGUAAAACCUAGGAAUGUUCUCCAGCGGAAGGCCAGUGCCAAUGUUGUUACAGGAUGUAGAACAUCCAUGCGGAAUAAAAGUUCCACCAGGGGUUCACCCAGAUCAUAAGCAUCUUCUACAUUGGAUGUCUUGGCUUGGUACUUAGCAGCCUAUCCUGUUGGGUUUAAUGCUAUCAAGCUUAAUGUAUAAUGGGCACUGCGUGGAAUAAAAAAAACAGCAUUUUGGCUUAACCUCUUUGUAUAUAGUUGAGCGAGAGAUGGGUAGGCAAUGAUCUGUUCUCUGUCAAUUGCUGUAUAAUUUUGCACAGCUGGAUUUUUUUUAGGUGGAAUUAAUUUUGUCUCUAUUUCUUGCUUUCUAGUUAAAUUAUAUGUUUUUAAAAAGAAUGGUUUGAGGGAAUAUUUUCUAAUUUUUUAAAUGAAGCGGUUAAAUAUUUAAUAAUGAUUGCACAUUAAAG